GAGGGAGGGUCAGCGAAGAGGGAAGCGCUGCCCAUCUGGCGUGAGGGUUGGACGCGUCCUUUGAAGGAAAACGAGCGGCUGCGGCGCACAAACCUUUCCCCGGCCGGGCGCGGCAGCGACUUUUGAAAAGCGCCGGGAGAAGGGCCUCCCCGGGCGCAGGUCCUGGAGACUAUGGGCCGCAGUCGUGGACUGGGUGUCCUCCUUUUGCUGCCCGCUUUGUUGUCCGGGAGCUCGGCGGAGAAGCUCGGUGAUGGAUGUGGGUCUAUAGUCAUCUACCGAGACAGUGGAACUCUGACAUCCAAAAACUAUCCUAGAACUUAUCCCAAUCAUACUGUCUGCGAAAAGAAAAUUCAGGUACCUCAUGGAAAACAGCUGAUCUUAAAAAUUGGAGACUUGGAUAUAGAAUCCCAGAAAUGUGAAUUUAACUACCUUAUCAUCUACAAUUCCACAACAGUAUAUGGUAUGUAA